GAUAGGUGUGAUGGUAGUAAUAGUAUUGUAGUAGUAAAACUCUCAAAGGAGCGCACGAGAAGGAUGUAAAUUAUUAAAAACAUUUCCUUACUUUGUUUUAAUAUCAAGAGCAGUCUCCUGCUUUAAAGAAUAGAAGAAACUAGCCUUGUGAAAUGGAAUCAAUUGUGACGGAAGAUAUCUCCAUGGAGAGAUCCUUAGAAGGCUUAGAGCAGACCUGCAAAUCCCCAGUCAAUGAUUCAAAAAGGGCCUUUGUGCUGUUGAAGGAGUAUGUCAACACAUCAGCGCUGUCCAAACAUGAAUUGAAGCAUAACGUUGUGGGCAGUGAAAAGACUACUUGCACAUACUGCAGAGAGCCUGUGGACACAGAUGUCGUUCUCACCAUUGAGGACCUCAACACAUCUUGCCACCCCUCAUGUUUCAAGUGUGGCAUAUGCAGCAAGCCAAUGGGAGACCUGCUCGGUAACAUGUUUCUGCGUCAAGGGACAGUUCAUUGUGGGAACUGCUAUGCAAAAGUCAAUGAAAGCAAAGGGUCAAUCAAAGAUCAGAUACAAAAGUAGAAAUGAGAUACUGUACAUUCAAACAUCUUACAUCAUCACCAGAACUAUCUCUUAAAGGCACACACCAAGUUUUUGAGAAAUGAGCUUAGGAAGUGGGUUACACUAGUUAGCAUUAAAGCUCCCUUUUAACUAUAGGUGUGCAUCCUUUCACCUAACUGUGGAGUGGAAGGCUAAUAAGCUGCAUGUUACUUUAACAUUGUGAAGGAAGCCAUAUACACUUGAAUGAGGGAAUGAUUUUUGUAUGAGAUAUCUCAGACUUGUUGUCCAAAACCACUACUGUUGAUCAUAAAAUUAAUUAAGAAAAUAAAUGUUUGAGUUGUUAUAAAAAUGGACAACUCUUAAAAUCAUAACCUAUGUUACAACAUAACUAUUUGUUAACGAUACCUCAUAUCAAGUUAUGAUCUGUGGCCAUAUCACGUAGAUCUUGCUAUGUGAAGCACUUUGGCAACAAAAUAAAUAUUUGUCCAA